CGUUCACCAUAAGCAGACCUGUCCUAGCACAGCACAUAGAGGAGGGGACUCACAGUCCAGGGGCCUGAGUGGUCCCAGCUGUGGCAUUCCCCUGUGACUCCUGAAUGAUACCGGUCGUGAUACCCUUUUUCGUACAAACCCAGUUAGUCACUGGUAGGAGCAACUGAUGUUGGUGUUAAAGGUGAAGAGGUCGUCGGGUUUGAGGUACUGGAGUACUGAAGUAUACCUGACGGGAAUGGAAGAAAGGUCCAUGUAUGCUGAGAUCUUGUAAAUUCAUCACAGAGUAAAGAUGCCACUUUAAUGAGAGUGGGAUGAGGUAAUAGUUGCACUACUUUGGACACUUUUGCUGCAAUCUCCCUCUGGGACUCGAUCAUUGAACCUUUUGGAAUUACACCAUACACCAUUACUACGAUGACCACUUUCAACCGAUGGACCACCAUACUAUAAAUAAUCGUGCAUGCGCUACAAUAUUUUGUUCACCAUCAUUUAAAAAGAGGAGGACAAGAGCUUGCAACGAUUGUGGUAACUCUGUGACUUUCUUUCCCUUUAUUUGACUGUCGGCAUUUCAGACCUUGAUGGAUGUGAUCGAGACAUUACAGUUUGAAGAACAUCCACACAGUCAGCAGAGCAUGCCUUGCAGUGGUCAUGCCAGGUCUACCCUACUCCCUGUUGACACUGAGGGAAGCAAGUCUACCAGUUUACCAAAUGGCAUCCGGAAAGGUCAGAAAUGUCCACAGGAGUAUGUACAAAUCUCCUUACCAGAUGCACGCAGUAAAUUUCCAAUGGAGUGGUGGAAGACUGGUGUUGCCUUUAUUUAUGCACUAUUCAACUUGAUUAUGACGAGUGUAAUGAUCACUGUUGUACAUGAGAGAGUCCCACCCAAGGAGAAGAAUCCUCCACUACCUGAUACGUUCUUUGACUAUGUGGACCGUGUUGAGUGGGCUUUCAAGAUCUCGGAAGUCAAUGGUUUGAUCCUCGUUGGCCUCUGGACAAUCCAAUGGUUACUUCUUCGAUACCGAUCAAUUGUGGGGCGUAGGUUUUUCUUCAUAAUGGGAACUCUAUACCUGUAUAGGUGUAUCACCAUGUACAUCACCACUUUACCUGUGCCUGGCAUGCAUUUCCAGUGUGCACCAAAGCUGAAUGGAGAUUCUCAGGCCAAGCUGCAAAGAGUUUUAAAGUUAAUCUCUGGCGGAGGACUUUCGAUUACUGGCUCGCAUAUCAUGUGUGGAGAUUUUCUAUACAGCGGUCACACUGUCAUGCUGACGAUCACCUACUUGUUUAUCAAAGAAUAUUCGCCACGUCAGUUCUGGUGGUACCCUUGGGUCUGUUGGCUCCUCAGUGCAGGUGGCAUUCUGUGUAUCUUGAUAGCCCAUGAGCAUUACAGUGUGGAUGUUUUAGUGGCCUAUUACGUUACAACGAGGCUUUUCUGGUGGUACCAUACGAUGGCCAAUAUUCCGACAUUGAAAACCCCCUCACAGACCAAUCAAUUUUCUCAGGCCUGGUGGUUCCAGGUUUUCCUUUUCUUUGAGAAGAACGUGCAUACUUCAGUUCCCUGCUCCUAUGUGUGGCCACUUUCUUGGCUUCCAAACUGUCUGAAGUCAUCUUGUUGGAGGUACUCUCGGGCUCAAAAGAUGUGAGAAGGUGGCAGGAGUCCCAGUGAUCCUCAGUCUUUUCCUGCACAGCACCCGAUCAAAAGGAAAAUAUAUAUAUCUAUAUCUAUCUUUUUGAGGUUUACGUUCACUUCCAUCUAAUAAACAAAUUGAGCACUUUCUAGAUGCCAACUUGAACGUAAGCCUAAAGAAUCUAGAACAGUGGGGAACCAAUGAUUUGCAGGCCCAGGUAAUUGUUUUUAUUAACUACAACUACAUUUUAAAUGCAAGUCUGGCUAUAGUGCAAUUCUGUGACAUUCCUGAAGUGUCAGUUAAAUCAUGAGUGAAGACUGCAGAUUAAGUCUCACUUGUGAUCUAGAUAAUAAGGAUAUACAGUCAGAUUCUCUGGAAGAGUAGUUCUGCCCAUGUUUGAACGUUUUAACUGAAGGAAGGAUUGGAAGUAUUGAAAUACCAGAGAACUAACAACAUGGCUGAGUAUAUUCUAAGAAGUCUAUGCAAUAUAUUAUUUUUGCACAUUCUUUCAUGUAUAACUACAACUGUGAAUUUGGAAUUUCUAAAACCAGGAUUCUGGGAUGGGAGCAUGUAGCACAAGCCAAAAGAAAUUAACCAAAAAGGUGUUCAUGGGGUCCCAUUCUGGGCACUAUUGUAUAUUUAUUUCAUGAUGAAAAUCAUUUGUCUAGAAUUAAAUAGCUUUACUACAUGGAAAUGUAAAACUCCUGCAUCCCUUCUGCACAAUCCCCUCUUUCCCCCCCCCCACCCCAUGAAGGUUGUGUGCAAGUGCAGAGAAGAUGUGAAGCUGAGGUCUCCUGUUUAGACUGUGGUUGUGUUCAAUGAUCUCAGCAAUUGAGAGACCCCACACUUGGCAUCAAUGCUGCUGAGCUAUGUGGAGGUCAGCAUUCCUAUCCCUGACAGCUAUGUAGAGAUUCCUAGUAUUUGACUCUGUGUACUGCUGAAUAAUACUGGGUAAAACCAACACCAAGAUGGUUUUCCACCACUCGCUCACUCUGCAUUCAUGUGGAAAGUAGGCAUGUAACUAGAAAGUUAUCACGAGAAUGAACUUCCAAACUAGUGCUCGGCAAUAAAACCCGAGAUUGUGGGUGGAAAAUAGAUGGAAGGGGAAAGGGUGGGAGGAUUCAAAGUGCAGUAUGGGAUGGUUUAAAAUUCACUCACUCAAUUGGCAAUGAUUUAAAGCUCUAUUCUUAUGGAUCAAUGUUUUGAUGGCAAGGUCCAACAAUACUCGACCCAAGAGGUAAAUUCUGACAGCAGUUGCACUGAGUGCAGUUGUGGAAUUUAUUAUUUAAUGUCCAUAAAGACUCCUGUCAAGUUAGACUUUAAAUGUUUAUAUCUGCAAUAGUUUUGUUUUCCUGUCACCAGUCAUACAUUUUAGUAAACAAAACUAAACUUUUAAGUUGCUAGAAUUUGUUGUUACCCAAAACACUGGACACUGUGAAGUGUAUUUAUGUAUAAAUAUGUAUGUCAUCUCCAAUAACACAGAACCCAUACAGAUGACACAUUUUAAAGAUGAAUAUUAGGCAUGCACUGCAUCAGUGUAGUACCUAUUUUAUUUUGAAGCAGCUUGCUACAAAAUGUUAUGGUGUAGUCAUUCGUGAAGGAACAAUUUUGUAUCCUAGGCCUUACCACACAAAAUCUUAGCCAUAAUUACGUAGAAAACCUAUAUACAGCAUAGAACAACAAGUUUCCUGUUGACUUCAUGAAUGGCAUUAUAUCUUUUUGCAUGUGGUGGUGUUAAAUGGGUUUUGUGCCUGGUACUGGAGUGAGUAACUGUGGUUUUAGGGGAAUGCAUUUGGGUCUCUGUCCAACCUUUUGGUUACUGCAUACAACCCGUUUGCCUCUUUGCAUAAAGAAUAGGAUAAUAUUAAAACUGCACAUAAGUGAAACUAGAAUUGCACAUACACAUAUACGCUGUUACAGCAUAGAAGUGGAUGAACCCCCUCCAUGUCUAUCUCUUGCUCUCCCUUGAAAGCUGCACAGACACACCAGUACCCUGUUGCGAGGAUCCGGCCUUGGAGUUAUUUGAAAAAUAGUUUAUGGUGACCUUUCCAAUCCUGCCUGCCAGUUUUUCUGGUGACUUCCUGCAUGGAAAUUGUACAGGUAGGGCCUUCUCCAAGCUUGGCAUCUGUGGGGCUAUGUUGUCUGAGAGUUGCUCAGUAUUAGAAAAAAGAGAUAGCUGUAAGAUCAGGUCUACUAUACCUUGGUCAACUUUUUUGAGUUGAACCUCUGGUCAGCAGUAGUUUGAAAAUUGGCAUUUUAUAUAGGAUAUCCUUUUUCUGUGUAAUUUGGCUGUAAUAGAGUCAGAAGAGAGUCCACUGGCUGUUUCUCUACUCCUGUUACUCCUGUAAUGUAAAACAAAUGCCCUAUAGAUGCUGCUAGGCUAUGAUUAACCCUGUGCCCCAUUCCUACUCAGCACAAGUUUAAAAGACAGAGACACCGCAGUAUGAGCCCACUCCCUUUUAGAACAUUUUAACUUGAUGAAGCUAUUGAGUCAAAUAUAUUUUCCAUUCCAAGGAGUGCAGGUAAUUAUAAUUUGAAUUUUAAGGCUUGAUUUGAGUCCCUUGAAGGUUGCACCUUGCCAUCAUCCCUAGCUACAAACAGAAAAUGUUUCCAAAUCAAAUCUUGAAGAAAAUUUCAAGACUUUACUACAGAAAACAAUCAUUUGUAUUUUUACUAUUCAAAAAUGCUGAUUUCAUAUUUUAGACAAUUACUUUUAAUAAUCUCGUACCUUGUAUUUAUCUCUAAUUUGUGAAUGUUAUACACUUGUUUCUAUAA